AUGAUUGUUAUAUUCCUUACACUAUGUGCAGCAGUUUUCGGCUCAUGGUCACUAUUUUAUACUACUUCCGGCGCAGCAACUAUAAUUCUCGUUGUAGUCUAUCUAUUAAUAUAUUUCAUUUGGUGGAUUGCGUAUCUAAAUGCAAUGUGCAGAAGUCCAGGAUACUUACCAUGGUUUUGGUUCAUAGAAAAACGUCGAAAAUACACUUAUGAAGAGCAAAUGGCAGGAAUAAUAACAACAGAAGAGCAAAAAACAUUCGCAUCAAACUUAGAUCGUCCAGAACGUGCAGUGUUUAGUGCUAAAGCACGUAGAAUCGUCUUACGCGCAGAUCAUAUCUGUAAAUGGAUCGGAAACUGGGUUGGUUUAAAGAACUAUCGAUACUUUUUUACACAGCUCGUUUGGUUUAUACUAGAGUUUAUUUGUUUCUUCAUAAUAUUCAUCCUAGAAAUUGUUGAUAUGGCGAAGAAUGGCUGGAAAACAACAGUUCCGCGUAUAGCUAUGCUUAUAUUAAUCAUUCCUGUUAUUCUUUUCUUCAUAUUCUUCAUGAUUGUGUUUGUUCGACACAUUGGCUACCUAACUACAAAUAAAACGACAGUACAAGCACUUAAAGCAGAACGAUCAGGCGAUUAUACGAAUCCUUACGACCUUGGAUGCAGACAAAACUGCAUACAAACGAUUGGCGAUGAAAAAUACUGCUUUGCAUGGUUCUGCCCGUGCCCAAUCCCUAGGAAUAGUGAUGGAUUUUACUGGAAGCGCAAUGAUAGUGCAUUUGUUGAGAACCAAGGCGAAAUUGUUCCUCCAUCAAACGCGAAUGCCGUUGAUUAUGAGAAGAAUGACGAUAACAAUAUUCUUCUCGCACCAAAGGAUAGCGAAGAAGCCGAAUAUCUCAGCUAUUCUGGCGAAGAAGAAAGCGAAUCAAGUUCAUUAGCUCUUAUGUUCUCAACGCAAGAGACAGGAAUCACAACAACAGAAGACACUCCAAGAAAAGCUCCUCCUCCACCCCCUCCAAAGCCCAUGGCUCCUGUUCCUCCUCCAAUUUCCGGUGAAUUUUUUACCAACACAACAGAUUACGUUCCAGAACCACAAUCUCCUAAAGAUGUAACACGUAGUUCAUUCAUAGACACACUAACAGACAAAACUGUUGACGGAGAUGAAGAUGAAGAUUUCGAUGAUUAUACUAAAGGUAAAAAACUUCCUCCUCUUCCAGUAGACAUUCCUCAGGAAUUGUCAAUACGCGAGACAGAUCCAGAAUCCCCUCAUCCUGCUGAUCCGAAAUCUCGAAGAUAUUACGAAAGUCUUCGAAAACCGCAUUUCAAACAUGAACCUGAUUUCGAGAAGCCACUUAAGCAUGUUCAUGUUAAGAAAGUACGGAUUGCAGUUAAGGAUGAGAAUGGAAACCCAACAGGACAACACAAAAUCAAAAAGAUCAAAACAUUCUCUGACAAAGAGGCGAAAAACGAAAAAUCUCGUACGAAAGGAAACAUUAUUUCUACUCCUGGAUUCUCUUCGCCUCCUUCUUUACCUGGUUCGAGUCUUUCCUCAAAAGAAAAGAAAGAUUUCAUGUUUGGUUUCUCUAUGUCAUCGCGAGAUUUCGGUGAUGAUACAUUCGGUGAUGAAUACUACAUCAAAAAUAAGUAA